UUUCACUUUUUCUCAAAACAAGGUAAUUAAGAGUUUGAACUGAAAUUUGCGAUAAACUCGAUCCCAUCGCUAGACGAUACAGAGGAACAAACGCUGCUUUGGCUCGCGGCUGUAUUUCGGGCGAUUUUGUGCACUCCGCGCGGGACUGGCAGCUGCGUGGGCGUUCUAUAAAUGGGUUCUAUGUCAAUCCGGAGCUUAAUUUAAUGUUUGAAACCGUGGAAAUGAACGUUACCCUAUACCCUCCUCCAUUAAUCUUUCCGUAUCGAUAUUUUUUUCUUCUUCUACCGUUUAAUCCCCCCUUCGCUCGAGCCUCUCAAGAGGUUUCGCCAACUUCCUCCGAAAAAAGGGAGCGAGGGGGAGCGACAGGAAGGGAAAGAGGGAGAGGAAGAAGAGUCGAAAACGCGACGAAAAGCGGAUCGGUUUCACGAACGACACGCGUUAAUGCCCAAUAAACUCGAACAGAUGAUCGGCAUACGGCUUCUUCCACGCUCGUAGCCUCCGCAGACAUUCUCCCACACCAUAGACACGACUCUCUCUCUCUCUCUCCCUCUCCCUCUGUCUCUCUCUCUUCACAGCUCUCUCGAGUGGUUGUGAUCCACGAGCGAAGCUAGUGUGGCUCACGCACGCACGCCGCGCGUACUACGAGCGCCGCUUUGUCACGCGUGCCGUUUCCUCUACGGUGUCUGCGUACGGUGCCCGUCUCCCUCGUCUCUCACCUAAGUUUAUUGUUAGAGGGGCCGGCUAGCCGCGGACGGGGCAUCAGGAUUUAGUGCUUCUUACACGCCCAUACCGGUACCACGCGCCCAUAUGCACGCGCUUUUCUCUCCCUUCACCGAUCGAUCCUUCUCGCCGGUCGAUCCACGAAGCGAAUCCCGCUCGCGCCAGUGAAGAAAACGUGCGGACCUCGGUCGAGCUCUGUGUGACGCGAUUUCUCGAUUCCCGAUCGAUUCGCGAAAAAUUCGCGGGGAAUUUUCGUUGACAGCGUUGUUGACGGUGUGCCUCUGCUUCUUCUUCUUCCUCUUCUUCUUUUUCCUCUUCUUUUAUCAUCGAAAAGGGAUGCAAGUGAUUCGAGGAAUGUUAUCCGGGUGACAGGCAAGUUUCCCCGUAAUGCCGGAAAUUCGAGUGGAAUUCGCGAGUAUAAACAGACAUCGAGAAGCGGCAAUCUAAUCCGGGACUCGUCGUAUCGAAUCCCGAUUCCAUCCAAGUUACCCGCGCCGAUACACCCGCGGGUAACUGGAGGGCGCGACGACGACGCUGGCGCGUUUUAUUAAGAGAUAAAAAUGCAGUUAAAAACUAUUACACCGGGAGAAGCCACGCGUCGUUCUUGUAAAGGAGCAACGUUGGAUGAAGAUUCCGUUAGAUUCCCCUGUAAACUGCAUCCUGCAACUUUUGCCCGGGAGCACAUCCUUAGGUAAAUGAGCUCUUAUCUCGAGCUUCGCAAAAAGCGCCAAGUGUACACACCGUCCUUUCGCGCGCGCCUAACUAUACCCACCCACACACGAGCACGCCAAAUCCAUCGGGCUUGCUUCGAGUUCUUUAACCAGUUAUCCGCGGUUAUUGUGAAUAAAAAGAAGAAGACGAAGAAGAAGAAGAAGAGGAAGAGGAAGAGGCUCGAGUGUACAUACAGUAACAGUGUUGGUGCAGUGUUCGUUCAAAGUGUCCAUACGAUGCGAACCAAGUGAAACGAGCCACUUUUAAAAACCCUCGCCCCCCCCUCUCUUUAUCUCGGUGUGUAUGUGUGUAUGUAUAUAUACUGCUGAGCUCGUGGCCUCCUCGUGUGCAUGGUGGAAUGUUAGUGGCGGAAAGUUGGUUCGUUUCGAGUUGGUUGCGAAACCCCUUGUCAAGCAGGGACAACAACAGGGAAGGAAGAGGACGGGAAGGAAGAAAGGAAGGAGGAAGAAGGAAGGCGUGGGGCGUGGAGGAGGGAUUAUUAAAGCGGCCGGAUCCUAAUCCGGUUGCGUUGCUCGCGUUUACGUGGCCGAGGCGAAAACUAUGCGGCACGAGGCACGAUGAUGGGGCCAAGAAUCGGUGGUGGCCUACCGAGCGGGAAAAAGCUGGACCCGUGCCAGCAGCCGCGUCACACUUGGACAGUGUUGCUGGUGUAUUUGGGCAUCUGCGCUUUGCUGCCUGUCACGAUUCUCUCCGCGCCUGUACAAGUUCGCGAAAUAUCGAAGGAGGGCCAGGAGAGGCGACCAAACGACGCCAAUAAUGACUCAGCCGAAGGGGAUUUACCCGUUUUUGAACCGACAGCGGCGAACGUCAGCGCAUUCGUCGAACAAACCGUGUACCUGCCAUGCCGUGUGCGAAAUUUGGGAGAUAAAGUGGUGUCCUGGAUGAGAAGCAAGGACCUUCACAUUCUCACGUCAGGAAACACCCUGUUCAGCUCGGACGCGAGAUUCGGACCUCUGCACACACCGGGUAGCGACGCGUGGACUCUCAGGCUGGACAACGCGAGGAAGACGGAUUCGGGCAAGUACGAAUGCCAGGUGAACACCGAGCCCAAAAUGAUGUAUGCUGUUCAGCUGUCCGUGCGAGAUCCUGACAAACCGGAGGGCUACGACGAGCCGCAUUCUCAGCAGACGCGAAUAAGUUACGAGAGCACGGCACCAGUGGCUGCGAUAAUGGGCCCGCGGGAGCAGAGCGUGGCGUCGGGGUCGACCAUCACCUUGAGGUGCGUCAUAUUGUCCCCGUAUCAGACUCGGCCCAUCAGGGGCGUGCAAUGGCUCCGGGAUAACAAACUCCUAACAUUCCAGGCUGCACGAGGGGGAAUAAACGUGGAGACUGAAAGAGGCGCGGCUCGAACAGUGUCGGAAUUGACUCUGGCAGCGGUCACGCCGCACGAUGUCGGGAAAUAUUCGUGCAGACCGACCGAGGGGCGAACGGACACAGUGAUGUUGAUCGUCGAGCCAGGGGAACGUACGGAAGCCAUGCAACGUGACGCCGGAUACGUCUCUUCCGGAUGUGACGUGAGCCACUGGGCCGCCGGGCUCCUACUUCCGUUCUCGUGGUUUCUAAUACUCGCACGAAACAGCCAAACUUUCCUGCAAUAGUGCACACCACUCCGACACAGUAUUUCACGCGUGUUCCUCUCUCUCUUUCUCUUUCUCUCUAUCUCUUCUAUAUUCUGUCUCUCUCUAUAUGUUCCACCAAAGCGACGGCGGAUGGAGAAAGUACCUAGAAAUUCGACCAACGACUAUUAGAUACGUAAGUUAGAUAUUAAUAGGAAUUAUCGAUAGGAGAGGGUAACGAGGCGCCAUCCCAAAAGUUUUCAUUUGAAUUUCAGAGCGAAUGUUCCAUAUAUAUAUAUACAUGCGAAGUGCUUUGCGGAAAGAUCGAUCUCGAUUUCCUUUUUCCCUCUCUUCCUUGUUUCCAAGAAAUUUUACUUUUUAUCGCGAUACUUAUUCCAUCGCAUUGUUCAAGCAAAUAACCGGGACAAGAUCGCGUGUAUGGAAUAGAAACGGUGAUUCUGCAGAUAUCCGAAUGGAAUCGAUUACGCUAGUUCUCACGAUAGAAACGAGAGAAUUAUUGAAAUACCACGAAGCAGCACUCUGUGUGUAUGUAUAUAUACUUUAAAACUACGAUGAAUCGCGUGUAUUUCUUCUAAUCCAAGAAUUUGCAAAACGAUUUAAUCGGGAUAAUAAUAUUUUCGAAACUACUACUACUUCUUCUUUUAAAUGUUGCACAAGAUCCCUGUGCACCUUCCCUUCGAGGGAAUUAUUAAACGGAUCCGGGAAAGUAAUCCGGGGAUAAUUCAUCGGAAAAAUGGUAGUAGAAACGAGGAGGUAUCGAGAUGGAGGAGGAGCAACUGGUAAAUUUAUUUUUUACGUAAAUAAUUCAGAGAGCGAGCAGCCGCAAUGGAGCGCUUGAUCCCGAAACGGUACGCCUUCUUCGCGUGCUCUUACAAUUCAUGACGCUUCUUUGAGAGUCUCUCUCUCUCUCUCUCCAAGUCAAUGGGAUUAAAGUGGCCGAGCAACGUCAAAGGAUGCGCAAGUAAUUCGAUAUCCUAUAUAUAUAUCUUGACUCCGAUGUCGAUGCCUCUCUCCAGAUGCAUUUCCAGGGAACGGCGUUAAUGAAAGAUUUUUCCUCCAUUCGUAACUCGAUUCUCCACGACGACAAAAAUAACCGUUUGCGAUACUUUGCCAUGGGUCGCAUGGAUAAUUGGACAUGCUACUACUCGCCAGUCAAACCGAUUAACUUCAAUUUUUUUUUUUUCCCCCUCCUUUUUUAAUGGCAAUGCACAGAGGGUGCGCGACUUUUGCCCAUCCCUUCGGAAAAUAGAUUUAUCCGGAUGAAAGUUGAUCGCUAUACUACCUCGUUAUCUUCCUUAAUCUUCCUUAAGAUUAAUUUAUCAGCGUACCUUUAACGAUGGUAUUAAACGAUGGUCUUAAAUACGCACAAUUAGCGCCACGAUUAAGAUACUAUUUAUUGUUAACGAUACACCCUAAGUAGAAGUUCAAUCAUCGUCAUCACGAUAACACGGUCUAAGCUUUUUUCACACGACUUUCCACGACAAGAAAGAAAGAAAGAAAGAAUAUUUAUACCUUUGGAACAUUAUUAUUAUAAACAAGCUUUGCACGAUAUAUUUCUAAAAAAAAAUAAAAUCUUUUCGAAUCGCACAAUCUCUUGCUCUUUAUUUAUUAUAUCCCGAGACGAACUCUCCCUCUCCCCGAUUCGUCGAAUCCAAAUAAAUACAACGACCAGAAGAGAAGGCAGAGAUUAACUUUGAGGCAAAAAUUCGAGAGGUGAGUAAGCCCCUCCCCCAAACGAUUUCGAAACGAACGAAGGGAACAUCUCGAAUCCUCGCCGCUCAAAGCUUGAAAAAUCGUUUCACGGUUCACGGAUUUUCACCGUUUCCCGAAUACUUUGAUGCGUUAUGAAUUACAAAUAACCCUGGGACCGUGGCUCGCGCAAACGGCGGGGUGACGAACAGAUUAAAUAUUUGAUCGUCCGGGGUGAAUUGCGAGCGCGGGAGAGUGGCGAAGGGGGCGAAUGCGCCACCACCCUCGGUCUGUUUUUCCUUUUUUCUUUUUUUUUUUUACCCCCGGUCAAAUACGCGCGUGUCGACUCGUCGUGUAAAACCCCUGGUCCUGGUUUUACACUCGGCUACACCCCUCGCCCUUUUCACGACACUUUCCCUUCCCUACUUAACAAUGUCCCCGUGACGUUUCAACACGCAUUCCUCGACACGCGAGCCGGCCUCUGAAUACUAAUAAAACGGUGGCGCCGUCUCGAGUAUUAUUAUGGAUCGCUCGUGUCAAAGCUGAAUGCCUGGAAUAAACGACUUGGACGGUAAUAAAUCGCGUUUAAUUAGUCGAACGAGUGGCCCGUAUAAAACACGUGCAAUUUCUUUUUUUGGAUAGCUGGAGGGGAGGAAUUUUACGGUGACGAAACGAAACGUUGGAGAGGGGAGUGAGAAAAACGAACGAAUACACGGCGAAAAUCUUCUUAUGUUGAUUUCAAAAAAAAAUAUUCCAUUAAUCACGAAGAUUUCUUUCCUCGAGUUUAGUGUAAUUUUGACGAGAUUUGCAUUUUUAUAAACAAAUUCGAUUCACUUUAUUAUAUAUCUCUCCUUUAUUGAUUGUUUCACUCUAACAUUCCCUUCCUAAUCAUCUUACGAAGAUUUUUCUAUCGAGUUUCCUUACAAAUUCGAAGGAAAAAUUAGGGCGUUCGAGUAUUUUUCGAGAAUUUUCUUGAACAUUUUCUUCCGACCGACCGCAAACUUCCUCUAUCCCAGUUUAGUCGGUACGAAGUAACAAUAAAACCGGUUUGCUUGGGGGGAUGUUAGAGAAACGAAUUUGUUGAAGUCAGGCAAAAAGUUUGCUCGGUCGUCUUGCACAGGCCAGUGACACUGGAGGGGAUGGGAGAGAUGGGGUAUUCGGGGGUGGUACAGGGUUGGGGUUGAACCUGGAUGACAAGGCUCACGACCGGAAACAGUUACCACCACCACCACCACCACUAGCAGCGGCGUUGGGCUACUUCAACAACACCCACCAUCGACGCUGUCCGAACUUGAAAAAUAAUUCAGCACGCAGUAAUGUCCUGAAUAUAAAAUUUCUCGGAGAACCAGCCAAUUUCGAGGCGGAAAGGGUGGAUCCCAGCUUCCGGCGAAUUUUCAUUUAUAAAUUCCGAAAACUUCAAGUCGGAUCUCACAUAAAAUUGCUUCGGGCACGGAGGGGGCACAGAUGGGAGAGGAGGAGAGGCUCUUUCGAAUGAAUCAGCGAGGAGAUCUCUUUCGGGAGAUUUAACUUUCGAGAGAGGUUAAAUAAAUGGUCUAUAAUAAUCACCUGUCCCGUUUAAAUCUUUCACGCGAAAUUAUACUCGAUCGUCGAUAUUAGGGAUUUAAUCGUUCGAAUUAAUUCGUUUCGCGUCGCCUUUCGUCCGAUAAAAAAACGAAAUCCACUCGAUAAUUAUUCGCAAGGAGAGAGAGAGAAAGAGAGAGAGAUAUGAUUGUUCGGGGAACGAAAGUUAAAUUUCUUCGAAAACAUAUACGAUUUUUCUUUCUUAAUCGUAAUUACGCUGCGGACUCUCGCUGUGGAUCGUACUCGAAGAGUAUCCGUUUUAAAACGACACGAGGGUAAGGAUAAAAUAACGUUAAAUUUACGACUGGGGUCGUGAAUCAACAUGCUUUAUGAUUGUUCGGGUUUGCGGAUGAUAAAGGGAGAGAGAGAGAGAGAGCGGAGGGUAGACCAUAGAGGGCCGGCUGGAGCGAAGGCUCGGCGCGAUUCGAAGAGAGGCGAGGGUGGCUGGGCGAAAAUUGGAAAACUGCAUUGUCCGUUCCACCGGUCCCUGCGGGACACAUUCGUUAGCGGCAUCGUCCACCGGCAAUAAAUUUCGCGUAUCUUCCGCAUUCCCGUCUUUCACUCUUGCUCAAAUUAAAGAUCAUCCCGAUCAAAGCGAAUACGUGCAAAUAACAACGGGAUGCUGAUCUGUACGCGUAUGUUUUCCUUUUUUAUACAUACAUACACACGUGUAUAUAUAUAAAUUGGAUCGGACAAGAUCCAAUCAGACAAUGUUUUUUCGGAAUUUUUCGCAAAAUGCGUGAAACGAACGUAAAUAGACGAUAAAACGAGGAUAAAAUUUUCGACGAAUUAAGGUUAUUGUUCGGCGGAUGAGAACAUUACAAGGAACUGAUAACGCGUGUAAUUAAUUUUCUCUCUCUCUCUCUCUCUCUCUCUCUCUCUCGUGCGGGCGGGUAAAUUUUCGAUGUGUGUAAUUCGCGAAUCGGGAGGGAGAACUGACAGUUAAUUUUCACCGUCAUUUGCCUUGUUACCUGAUAAACGAACGAGGAGGGGGAGGAUUGUGUUUCCUAUAAAAAAAUGUUUGUAAUCUUGCUCUGUUGACGCACGAUUCAAUUUCGCCGUAACGAAUAAACAGCGACAAACGAAUGCUCUCUUUCCCAUCGAACGACUGCCCUCCCCUCCCCGCAUCUCUCUCUUCCCAUUCAUCCGAAAUUCGAUGGAUCCGCGUGAAUAGGUAGGAAAAACUGGGCCGAUUUAAACCCCCACUGGCGGUGCACACCCAAAUUUGGUUAAGUGACGCGAUUUCGAUAAAAAUUCAAUUUACCGAAGUAAUCUGCCGUGGUAUCGACGUGUGUAUCGAUAUUUCCAUCAAAAAUCGACAGGAAUAUUGUCCGUCUUGAAAUUCGUGUCAACCAGACAAUUUGUCGGUUAUUAUAUUCAAAGAACAAUAACAAAUUUCAAGCGCAAUUUUAAAUUUUUAAACCUCCAAAAUUCUCUAUCUCUUUCUCUCUCUCUUUUUUUUUUAGAAAAGUAACAAAAUUUAACGAUUUGUAACGGGUCCCUCGUCGACCGCCGAUUCCUCGAGAAGAAAACGAGAAUUACUCGGCCAAUAAAAGGGCCAAUAAGGCCAUCUUGGACCAUUAAUUCGCGAUUCCGUUUUACCGUGUAACGAAUAGCCAGAUUCGAAACGCUUGCACCUCUUCCAUCCCCCUUGUGCCCUCCAAUCGUACGGCGAAAAGCCGGAAUUGCUCUCGACUAUCGAAAAACAAUUAAACUGGUAAAAUAUCGACAAACAGAGCUCGAUGGGCGGCCAAUAUUUUAUCACUCGUGAUUCACAGUCGUUCGCAUCGUUCGUUUAAACUUUCCCCACUGGAUUAUUACGAAAUAUUUAACGAGAUAUCCAUCUAUGCUUCUAAUAUAUCCGAUCUUUCUCUUCUUCUCGAUCGAUCGAGGUGCGACUCGAACUCGAAAUCGUUCCACGCACGCAAUUUUCGUAUUCUUUUCCUCGACGAGGGAGGGAACGGAUUUUCAAUGGAUGAAAUUGAACGCGUUGCGUCCAACGUUCGUACGUAAUCGAGAGAGAUUAAACGGAUGCGAAAUCGGUGAAACGAUUCGUUCGAAAGAUUGUGAUCGUGUCGAUCUAUCGAAAGGCGACAAGUACGAUUUCAAGCUACCACUAGUUUUUCUCUGACCGCACCGUGUAAAAUUGAUCCUUUCACGCGGUGUUCAACAAUUUCUCUCUUCGUUUUUUUUUCUCGUUUCCUCUCCCUCUUCCUUUUUUCCCCCCUUUUUUUUUUCCGUCGGAUAUCCGAUCUUCCUCUGUUUAGUUGGCGCGUGCACGCCUCACCCAUCCCCGAAUGUCGAGAGUUUCCACGCGUGGAAAUUACCUCGUGUCCCGACUUCCAUCGCGUGUCGGGACCACCAAUGGAAAACGAGCACCAGAGACUUCCGCCGAGCUGGACACGAAUCGUUUCCAACUUUCGUCGAGAAUUAACGAACGAGUAAUGCUUUUCCGAACGAACGGUCGAACAAAUGUAAA